UNACCCUCGUUCCCCAAAACCCUAGCCACCACCUCCGCCGCCUCCUCCGUCGCCGCCGAGUCGGAGCCAUCCCCCCUUUUCCGCUCCCUCACAUCCUUCGCCCCCGCCACCGUCGCCAACCUCGGCCCCGGCUUCGACUUCCUCGGCGUCGCCGUCGACGCCCUCGGCGACACCGUCACCGUCUCCGUCGACCCCUCCGUCCCCCCCGGGACCCUCUCCAUCUCCUCCAUCUCCUCCUCCUCCUCCUCCUCCUCCUCCGGCCCCUCCAGGCUCACCCGCGACCCCCUCCGCAACUGCGCCGGGAUCGCCGCCGCCGCCGCCAUGCGCAUGCUCGGCGUCCGCUCCGUCGGGCUCUCCCUCCGCCUCGUCAAGGGCCUCCCCCUCGGCAGCGGCCUCGGCUCCUCCGCCGCCUCCGCCGCCGCCGCGGCCGUCGCCGUCAACGCCCUGUUCGGCGGGCCCCUCUCCCCCGCCGACCUCGUCCUCGCCGGGCUCGAGUCCGAGGCCAAGGUCAGCGGCUACCACGCCGACAACGUCGGCCCCGCCAUCCUCGGCGGCUUCGUCCUCAUCCGCUCCUACGACCCCCUCGACCUCGUCCCCCUCGAGUUCCCCUCGGGCCGCGACCUCUUCUUCGUCCUCGCGAGCCCGGCGUUCGAGGCGCCCACGAAGAAGAUGCGCGCCGCGCUCCCCGCCGGCGUCUCCAUGAAGGAGCACGUGCGCAACGCGAGCCAGGCCGCGGCGCUCGUCGCUGCCGUGGCGCGGGGCGACGCCCGGGCCCUGGGCGCCGCGAUGUCCUCGGACGCGAUCGUGGAGCCGCGCCGGGCGCCGCUGAUCCCCGGGAUGGCCGCGGUGAAGGCCGCGGCGGUGGCGGCGGGGGCCUUCGGCUGCACGAUCAGCGGCGCCGGCCCCACGGCCGUGGCGGUGAUCGACGGCGAGGAGAAGGGGCGGGAGAUCGGGGAGAGGAUGGUGGAGGCCUUCUCAAGGGAAGGGGGAUUGAAUGCGACCGCGACGGUCGCGAGCCUCGACAGGGUCGGGGCGAGAGUAAUCAGCAGCAGUGUGGAGUAAAAGAUUUUAAAUGACCACACUAGUAGUCUCUACAACCUGUGCUGGAAUUGCUCCAUGUUUUCACCAGAAAAGAUAUGCAGAUGCUGGUGGAGACAUUUCAGUAGUAGCGCAGCGCACUCUUUGUCCUCCUUCGUGCUGCUACAGAGGCUCACUACUUGUUUAAACUGUUUGGCUUUUUUAUCCUAUCAGAGAGAGAUCAACCAAGCUGAAGAUCUCAGAGCUAGUUCAAUUAUUUCUAGGAUAACUGAACUUUGUUUAUUGAUUUUGUUCUUGUUGGACUUUGGUUGCAAUGAUUGUCUUAUCUACUCGUUACUGUUUUAAGAGAUGUUUGCGGAAAUUAGCAUGAGUGGCAGGAGAGGAACUAGUGGUCUGAUUGUUCUUGUUGUAUUUGCUUCCAAUAAUUUUCUCGAGUCAAUGCUUUAAUCCUUGCAAACCUGUUGUGACGACCA